GGUCAUUCAAGUCUAGAUUUUCUAAGGGUGGAUUCGACAAGGGAUUAUGGUGAACUAGACGGGGAAAAUUGGACUGAUCAAGAAACUUUACUGCUUCUUGAAGCAAUGGAGAUUUACAAUGAGAAUUGGAACGAAAUUGCUGAGCAUGUUGGUACCAAAUCAAAAGCACAAUGCAUUCUUCAUUUUCUCCGUCUACCCAUGGAAGAUGGAAAAUUGGAAAAUAUUAAUGUUCCGAGCACACAUUUGUCAUCCAAUGCAAUGGAUAGAGAUGGUAGUGGAAGACUGCAUUGUUACUCAAACGGAGAUACUGCAGGACCUGUCCAUCAAGUGAGAGAUUCUGACAGCCGGCUUCCUUUUGCAAAUUCUGGAAAUCCUGUUAUGGCUUUGGUUGCCUUUUUAGCCUCUGCAGUUGGACCAAGAGUAGCUGCUUCUUGUGCUCAUGCAGCAUUAGCAGUAUUGUCAGUGGAUAAUUCUGGCAGCACUUCACAGGUGGAAGCACCUGGGCAUGAUAAUAGGACAAAUUCCGAAAGCAUACGAUGUCGAGAUGGUGGGUCUCACGGAGAAACAGCGGUAUCAAAUAAUAAUAAUAAUGAGGAUAAGGCUAAGGUACAUGGUUCAUGGGGACUAAAUGAUGGUAGGACAACCCCACUAUCUGCUGAGAAAGUUAAAGAUGCUGCUAAAGCAGGCCUCUCUGCGGCAGCAAUGAAAGCAAAAUUAUUUGCCGAUCAUGAAGAGCGAGAAAUUCAGAGGUUGUGUGCUAACAUAGUUAAUCAUCAGCUGAAAAGAUUAGAGUUGAAGCUGAAACAGUUUGCGGAAAUCGAAACAUUGUUAAUGAAAGAAUGCGAACAACUGGAGAGAACAAAGCAAAGGUUUGCUGCUGAACGGUCUCGUGUAAUAUCAGCACGUCUUGGAACUGCAGGAGCCACACCCACAAUGGCUGUAUCGGGUGUUGGUCCUUCAAUGGCUAGCAAUGGCAACAACAGGCAACAAAUGAUCUCUGCUUCUCCCUCACAGCCCAGCAUCUCAGGGUAUGGCAGCAAACAAUCACUUCAUCCACAUAUGUCCUUUGCCCCACGACCUUCGAUGUUUGGAUUGGGACAAAGAUUACCGCUAUCUAUGAUACAACAAUCACAAUCACCUUCUUCAACUGCCAUGUUCAAUGCCCCUAGUAAUGUGCAGCCCACGUCCAAUCAUCCAUUGUUGAGGCCUGUAUCAGGAACAAACUCUGGUUUAGGUUAAAUAGGGGAGUAGAUUUUGAGUUUUGGAACUUAAAAGGUGUAAUUUUCAUGGGUAAUCAUCUAUUUCAGAAAGUGAAGAGGAGGUUAGGUGGAUGUGGCAAGAAAGUUAUUUAGUCUGUAGAUCCUGUAAUUCGUUGAAGUUGAUUGUGAAACUGUGCUUAAAGGAAAAAUAAGUAUCAUGUGAUGUUCCAAAGUUGUUUA